AGAGAACUAGGUGGAGGACGAGAGAUAUAGAUAGAGGGGAGAAAAAGAGAGAGCCAAGGGAGUGAGAGAGAUAAUAGAGGGAGGGAGAAAUAGAAAUAGAAGAUAGGGUGAGAGAAAAAGAAGACAGAAAGAUAAAAAGGGACAGAGAGUGAGAAACAAAUAGAAGAGGAGAGAGAACAGAGGGGGAGGGCAGAGUAAGAAAUAGAAAAGGAAAGAGACUGAGGGAGGGAGAAAGAAAGAGGCAGAUAGUGGGGUACAGAAAAGAGAGUGUAAGGGAGAAAGGGACACGGAGGUUUUAACAUAGAGAGGGAGAAGACAGUGGAAUAGAAACAGAGAGGAAUUUGGAGAAAGAAUAGAGAAAGAGUGAUAGAGACAGACACAGCUUCGUUAUGUACACAGAUUGGCAUUAAAAGAAGCUGAGGGAUAAUCAGCAAUGCGGUGGUGUCUAACAUGGUUAUAUACAUGGGUGGAGAUAUGAAGAGAAAAGGGGUAUAUAUAUUCUGGUAAACGUAGUAGAGAAAAACUGACAUGCUGUGAUUAUUUUUAUUUAUAGUUUUAUUGGAGUUAAGAAGGGCUGAGAAAUAGACUCAUGGACAGUAAGGUAAACUGGUAAAGGGAGUGAGGAGACAGGGUGAUAAACAAAGGGGCACUUGUAUUCAGAGUGAGAGUGGGACAGGAAAAGAUAUUGAGAUGUAAAAUAAGGUGCAGCAAGGUAUACAAUUAACAGCAAUUGAGAACUAUAUAGAAGAAAGUGUGAGGUAUAAAAAUAACGCUGUUAAAAAGGGAAAAUACACUUAGCAGAAACAAGUUCAAUGAAAUUUUAAAAGCUAGGUCUCUGUCCCUUGAUUUAGAUGGAGAUAACUGAGCACCAGGGUGAAUGAGGUACAUGAAGCAGUGAUAAAACUAGGACCCUUAGAGAGAAAUUGACACUUGGUUGAGGCAGAGAGAGCAUUCAUUGAUAACGACAUCUGGGAGGAAAAAAAGUGUAAAAUUUUAGUGUGAGAAGUUUGCUCAGAAAAACAAAGAAGCAGUGUCAGAGGCACAGAGAAACAAGACUUCUGUUAAGACACAAAUACAGAGGGACAGAGUGAGAGAAAAACUAAUUCAGGAACAAAAUGCAGAAAGUGCAGGGUUAGCCAAAGCAAUUGAACUUAUUGUGACAGACAGGUGGAUAGGAGGUGUCUGGAUCAUAGUACAGAAAGUGGAGUCUGAGAUUAAGAGACUGACGCAGAGUCAGGAUAUAGAGGGACAGAAAAUAAUCAGGGGCAGGGGAAGAUUUACAGAACUGGAUACUGAGAGAGAAGUGGAAAGAUUAUGAAGAGGUGUUCAGCACUGAAGUAAUCGGUCUAUUUUAGGAAUAAAACACUGGUUAGGAGUUUAUAUUGGGCUUAAGUUGGGGACAGGUUGGAUUUGAGAACAUUAAAGGAAAAGAGCAGUGACACAGGAGAGGAUGUAAGGAAAAAGAGUGGGAGAAUCAAUAAUUGUUUUGUGCAAAUUAUUAGGCAUUGUAGAGGUAGAGUGGGAGUACUAGCGUGUAUAGAGUGCUUGCAGGAGCAGCCGACACGCUCAGAGCCAGUAGUUAGUGGGGAAUAUUGAAGCCAGUCACUCGAAGUGGUGACAUUUUUGGGAGCAAUAUGGCCACAAAGAGAAGCAGCCUCUCUGACUUGAACCAAGACAAGUACGAUGGUGACGAGCACAUCAAGAUUAUCUGUCUGGGAGACAGUGCUGUUGGGAAAUCCAAGUUAAUGGAAAGAUUCCUGAUGGACGGAUAUCGCCCCCAGCAGUUGUCCACUUAUGCACUUACAUUGUACAAGUACACCACCACUGUCAAUGACAAGACUGUCCUAGUGGAUUUCUGGGACACGGCGGGCCAGGAACGUUUUCAGAGUAUGCACCCAUCAUAUUACCAUAAGGCACAUGCUUGUAUAAUGGUAUUUGACGUCCAGCGGAAGAUAACUUACAAAAACCUUAAUAACUGGUACACAGAGCUGAGGGAGUCUCGGCCAGAAAUUCCAUGUGUGGUUGUUGCUAACAAAAUAGACGCUGAUCUGAAAAUCACACAAAAAAGCUUCAACUUCGCCAAGAAACAGGGGCUACCCUUUUAUUUUGUGUCAGCAGCGGAUGGCACCAAUGUUGUCAAGAUGUUUCGGGACACGAUAAAGUUAGCGGUGUCAUACAAACAGAACACUAAUGAUUUCAUGGAUGAAGUCAUGCGGGAACUGGAGAACUUUGACUUGGAAGUAAAGGAAGACAUUGUUGCCAAAGAUGGCGACCAGUCAAAAGAUGAGAAAUCCCAAUCGCCGUGAUGAUGUUUGCCAAGGGAAGGAGCAUUGAUAAUAGAGUGAAGACUCGGAUACACUCUUCUCUACAUUGCAGGAAGAAACUCGGCUCUGAACUUUCAACUUUUAACACUCAUCUCUACACACUGAGUAAGGAAGCUACUUCAUAGCUUGGCUGAUUUAUAAGUGUGAUGCAAAUUCAAUUCCAGGCCUGCGAAAGAGUUUGUUCUCCCAUGUUCUCCUCAACCCUCACUCAAGCUGUACACCUAUUUAACAAAAAAAGCUGGGGCAAAAGCGGCAAUUGUAUAGAUUUUGGGCGAGGCCAGAGCAGAGUGAGAACAACGCAAUGUCUUGCAGCUUUGAUAUGUAUAUGCCAUGACAUGUCUGUGUCCAUUCUCUUUGCUCAUGAAUAGCAGUGCACAAAAAUUGUUCCCCAAUCCCAAGGUCUGUUGUUCUAGAGAUCUGACGCUGCACUUGAAAACUUGAUGUCUGUUGUGUGACCUCUUGGCUUGAUCCCUUACCACGGGGCUUUUUAAAAAAUAUUGUGGAGUUGCUCUCAUCAGUGCUGCGUGAAAAAGAAAAACAACUGGUUUGGAAUCCUCUGGGCCACUGGAUGGGGUAAAGCACCUCUUGGUGUUGUACUGUUCCCAGCCACUAAUUCAGGUCACCUUUGCCAAGCCUCUGUACCAUUGAUGUAUCAUUGAACUGUGAAAAGGAGAAGAAACUGGAGUUUCUGCUUCUAAUUAUUACCCAGAGUCUCCUGUUGGAAAGUUUAAGUGUGUUUGUGUGCAUCGAAAUUUAAUGAAUAUAUGAUUAACUUGGGCUGUCAUCCACUGCACAGAGGUGUAGCUUGCCUGCAAACAGUCCCUGAGCCCUUUGUACAAGGUAUUAUCGGAAGGCAAAACUCAUAGAAUCCAUACCCAAGUGGGAGUCAGCAUCUUCAGAAGGGUGAGAAAAGUUCGAAGUGCAAGUUCUGCACUGUAGCUAUGUUUAUUUUUUAUGCUUGAUGGACUUUGUAUUGCUCAUCUCUAUGUACUAUGUAUCAACUCAGUGUGGAAUUAAUUAAAAAAAAUCCAAAUACUCUG